UGAUUACACAGCCCUGGCCCCUUAUUUCCUCUGGAUUGUCCAGCUUCUUUCUCUCUCCAUAGACUGCACCAGUCCCCUGUGGCUUGAGGGACACGGGGCACCUUGUCAAUGAAUCUGACUUUGUCUUUAAACUUGGACGCUGGGACCAUUCUAAGGAUUUAGUGCCAGAUCUCCAACUUGGAAAAGGGACAUCUCUUUUUUUUAUUGUCAUCACUACAUGUCGAUAAGGAUGUGAUUUUUGGGGAGUACUAGAUGACAUCUGUCUGACCGGUAAUCCUCAAACUGGGGCGCAGAGUGUUGCACAGAUAAGCUUCUGAGCUACUAGGGUCUUCCUCCUCAUCAGAAUUUACAUCCUCUUACAAUGGGAUGAAGAUAUCUGGCAGUGGCUAUUUUUGGACGGGGAGACCCCCAUCUUUUCAACAUGCCGGAAGGAGCCCUGAAAGGAAGCAGAAAGCGACCAGGUGAACAAGCUGCCCCCAGGCCUUCAUCUGUCAGUUCUCUGAGCGGAAUAGCAGCCGGGAUGUCUGGCAGCUGUACCUCCGUUAAUACUGUGUGUUCGGACAGCGACCGUCCAGUUAGUCUCAGCUCCUCCACCUCUUCAGCCUCCCUCCAGGACAGUCACAGCUCUUUUGGUAGUAGUGGGACCCUUGGAUCCUCCCAGUACUGCAGCCCUUCCUAUCCUCAGCAAAAUGGAAGUGAUAUUAGCCUGGACCUUAUGCCUGUGGCCCAGUUGGAGUGUGAACACAAGGUACUGUCUAAUGAAAGAGCGUUUCUUGGCUGUACGUGGUCUCCAAUCUUGCGCAAAGCAAGGGAUCCCAAGACCAAGCUUUCCCAUGUGGACAGGGUGGUGUUGGAAAUUCUGGAAACUGAGCAGGCCUAUGUCCGAGAUCUAAAGAGCAUCGUAGAGGAUUAUUUAGGCUGCAUUAUAGAUUGUGGUCAACUCCCCCUUAAACCCGAGCAAGUCAGCACUUUAUUCUGCAACAUUGAAGACAUCUAUGAGUUUAACAGCGAGCUGCUUGAAGAGCUGGAGAACUGCACGUCUGCUCCCAUGAUUGCUGAGUGUUUUGUCAUGAGGAGUGAGGAGUUUGACAUCUACACACUGUACUGUAUGAACUACCCCAGCUCCGUGUCUGUCCUACGUGAAUGCAUGAAAAAUGAGGAACUUGUGCAGUUCUUCAGGGAGCGUCAAGCUGUGUUAUCUCACUCCCUGCCUCUGGAGACGUAUCUUCUGAAACCCGUCCAGCGUAUUAUGAAGUACCACCUUCUCCUACAGGAGUUGGCUAAGCACUUUGAUAAAAAUGUUCCUGGGUACGAGGUGAUGGAGGAGGCCAUUAUCACUAUGACGGCUGUGGCCUGGUACAUCAACGACAUGAAGAGGAAGCAGGAACACGCUGUCAGGCUCCAGGAAAUCCAGAGCAAGCUGGUAAAUUGGCAAGGUCCAGACUUGAGUGGGUUCGGGGAGCUCAUCUUGGAAGGGACAUUUCGUCUUCAACGUGUCAAGAAAGAAAGAGCUUUCUUCUUGUUUAGCAAAAUGCUGCUCAUCACCAAGAAGAGGAUGGAUCUGUUCAUAUACAAAAUGCAUAUCUUUUGCUGCAGCUUGGCCUUGACUGAGCAUCUGAAGGACAGCCUGAGCUUCCGAGUAUCAGACCUCACCAUUCCUAAGCACCAGCAGGUUAUCCAGGCCAGGAAUCAGGAGGAGAAACGUCUCUGGAUUUAUCACAUAAAGCGACUUAUUGUGGAAAACCACCCUGCGUCCAUUCCUCAAAAGGCAAAACAAGUUCUGCUUGAAAACACAUUCCAAAACUCUACGGAUAUGCUAGUUUCUUCCGACAGCCCAAAAUCUCCCUGGAUGGAGGAUUUGUGGACAUUUCCCCGUAACCGGAGACAAUCUGAACCUCCUCAUUACAUGUGCAGUCCAGGAAAGAGCAAGAAGUCAUUCACACUCCAAAGUCUAAGCUCCAGCUCUCCGCACCGCCGUGGACGCAGGCUUUCUGAGCCCGCCAAAGAGAUCCAAGCAGCAUUUGAACAAAGUGGUUUGGCGCAGAUGAAACAUGCAGGCAGCGAGGGAGAACUUUUUCCAUCCACUACCUCUCUUCAGUCUUUGGAUAGCAUAUGUACUCUGGAGUCAUGCAUCCUGGAGGCCACUGGUGAAGGUGAAGGAUGUGAGGACAACAUUGAGGACUCUUCCUUCUGUUUACCAGAAGAUGCUCUGUCUGGUAGUCUUUCCAUCACAGAUGAGAUAAUGGAACUGCUGAACCAGAGAGGACUCCGGGCUGAGCCGAUAAAUGGGGAGCCCAAGGCUUCGAAGAAUGAGGAGGCAAAGCCUGAUGAUAAGGAGCAGGGAUCUGGACUUUACUGCAGGGCAGCCACCGGACCACCACCUCUUGGACUAGUCCCAGUGUUGACCCAGAGACACUGGUGCCAAGCAUCGAGGGAUCAGGCAAUCCUCAAAGUAUCUGAAAACUGUGAGCUGGGACAAUCCAGAUCCACAGAAGACCUCACUGAGACUGAGAAAACAAGUUGCAACUUACUUGGUGAGACACCAGAAGUAUCUUUGAGUGGUGACUUAGCUUCCUCUCUGGAUGAGCUGAGGAACCUGGAACCCAGUCAAGAUGGCCCUGAGGUUCCUUUCUGCAUUGGAUCAUCAGAUGAAGACUUGAUGAACAAAGAGAGCGGACACUCCUCUGUAGAGAAUACUCUCUUGGAAGUGCCUAGGCAAGCAGAUGAUGAAGCCACCAUCUGCAGAACAGAUGAUGCUAAACAUGAGAAGGUUCAGCUGUCAGUAUUGCCUGGUGAAGAUGAGGAUGAAUCUUCUGAGUUUAAAGAGAAGGUUGAAGUUGCUGAACCAAUAGAUACAAAGAAGACAAUUUCAGAAAAGAAAGAAAAAAACUUGAAGGUUAAAAGAGACUCCACCCUGACCCCAGAUGACCGCCUGUUGAUUGAAAGGAUCAAAAAUUACUAUGAUACUGCAGAUGCUGGAGCCUCAUAUCUAAGUAAAGAGGAGAGCAUUUCCUACAUUCCCACAGGUGUGGUUAAAGACUCUAUCUUGAGAUUCAAUUACAUUCUGCAGCAAGAAGUCAAAAAAGAUCGUGAAAAAAGUAAAUGUAAGACCAACGGGUGUGCUACAGAAUCAAAGCAAGCAAAUUGCCAAAGGAAACCUUUGUCCCAGGCUGUCGAAGUAGCAAAAACCAAAGUAGAAAUCAGCAAAGAUGAACUGGAGGAGCAGGAAUUAGAGUACAAGUCUUGUGCUGAGAUACGAAAGGCUUGGAAAGAAAAGGAGAAGCCAAGUAAUGCAGAAAUUGGGAGGUCAUUGAUAAAUGGGAAAUCAAGGAGAAAAGACAAGGAAGAGCCAGGUGGUGAGUUGGUUAUUGUUGAAGAAUCUGAUUUAGAAAUUGGAGGUCAAUUACCAAAAGAAGUUCCUUCGAAAAAAGAAUCGGCAAAGGAACAACAGAAACACACAGAGGAAGAGAAUACCAACAAACAGGACUCACAGGUGAAGACAGGAUGUGAAGGACUGCCUGGUCACACAAAUAAAGCAACUUUCUGUUCUUCCAGCAUUGGUCUCUAUGAAGCUGAUGAUAUAUGUCUUAUUGAAAACUCAGAGAAAAUUAUUAACAAAGUGCAAUUGCUGGCAAAGAUGUACAGUGAAAAGAUCGGCAGGAUGAAGACUCAGAAGAAACACGGGGGCAUCAAGACCUCAGAUGUUCAAAAGAAAGCGACGGUAAAGACCCUCCCUCAGGUCAUGGAGGAAAGUACUGGUGACAGACAAAAGACAGAACCCCAGUUGUAUGGACAUCUCAAGAUUCAUGAGACCUUGCUUCACAUUAAUUGUGUUCAAGAAAAUGGUCUCAUCCUUCCAGCAGCACGUGAGAGCGCUUUGGAUCUUCAGAAAAAGGAGUCCUUAAUAAUCCGGUACCCUACAAAAGAACAAGUCCCGUUACCAACACCAGAUAAGUUAGCUGAAGUAGCUUUACCUGCAGAGGAGAGAUAUCCUACAGAAAUAAAGGAAUGUCAAGAGCUCUCAUUUGAUGUGUGCAAACAGGAAGAAAAACCACUGGUGAAUUAUGAAUCCACUCAUGAACCAACACCGACCUCCAAUGAUGCCACAUCAGGCAACAUCCAUACAUCUGAACCAUGCUUUGUAAAAGUUAAAGAAUCUCCUGUGACCUGUGAUAAUUGUGAGGAAUGGGAAACUAGUGUAUUAGAGAUCAAUGUACCAGAGAAAGUCAACUUCUCAAUGGCAUCAAAUAACCUUCAAGUCGAACCAACAGCAGCCAUUUCAGAAAUCCAUGACUUUGAAGAAAAACAGGUUGAAUUAAUAAAACCUGAGGCAUCCAAGCACCACACAGAUGAUCAGCACACUAUAAAUAAAGCAGGAGAAACUUCUGGUGAAGAUCCAGAGACUAUGGUUAUCAUAAAUAUGAAGGAGCUGGUUGAUUUAUCAUAUGAAACCAGAGCCAAUAGCGAUGAGCCUACUAAUUCAUGUGGAACAAAGUCCCCUGCUCCCACAAACACUCCAAAGAAUGAAGACCAUACAAGCUUGGACAAUAACCGUACACCAUCACACAAUUCACCUGCAAUUACCACCUCUGAAUCACAAAAAGUCAGGGGAGUCUCCCCAGCAGUUAUGGAUGUCAUGCAACGUCUGCAGCUUGACUCUUCUAUUCCAUCAUCCAAAAAUGCAAACACCUCAAAAAAACUAAAUAUGGCUACUCGUUCAUCGUCCUUUAAGGCAAACACUUUGACUGACAAAGAAUUUCAAGAUAUAAUCAAGCCAAAUUCACAAAUUAAAAAGCAGCAGGCAGCUGUGGCAACCCCUGGCUUCUUAUCUCCUCCAAUUUUGCAGAGGAAGUUGUCGAAAGCAGUAGCACUGUCCAAAAAUAACCUAGAGUCUCUGCAGACUCUUCCAAGAAGAAGCCCCAUGACAAAGUCUAGAAGUUCAGACACACAUAUUCCAGUCAUAAGGUCCCAACCCUCUAUUCCUAGCCCAUCACCAUACAGAAAUUCACUUUAUUCUGGACUUUUACUAAGUGAUCCAAAACCCAGAGCCCUUAAGAAUACAGUUUUGGCAGAAAACCGAAAAGUCGGUGAGGCAAAUAAACUGGAUUUCAAAACAGCACCAACUAUUUCAACAAAUGAAGGAUCCCACAAGUCUUUAUCUUCUGCCUACCAAAAGGGAAAUAAUACAGACAGACCAGUUUGUCUUUCUCCGGGUUCAGCAGUCCUUAUCGCAAUCCCUUGUCCACCUUCCGUUAGGCAAACUCCAUCAUCCACAGUAUCUGAACCAAAUUCGCGGGUUCAGUCCCCACUGACAUUACGCUCUAGAAUGUUUUCUCCUCCCCCAAGUCAAAACCCAGUAUGUCCAAAAUCUCCACGAGUCCCAUCCUUCUCUAAGACAAGAGCAUGUUCAUUUACUCCUCUUUCCUUUAGUAAUCUGGAGCGAUCAUCUUCAUCAUCUGCAAAUUCGACUCCGACUUGCACAAGUCCUCCACCUUGUCCCUGGUCUCCUGGAUUUCCUCUCCAUUCAAGGAGAUCCUUUGCAAGUAAUAUACACAGCACUGGAGACAAUCCCAUCAGCCCAAGGGCUCUGCAUUCACCAGUUGGGUCCUUGAACGAAGAAAAUACAUUUUGGUGUUCAAGCAGAUCACCCCCGUGUUUGGCUUCUGAGUCAAAUUCCCAUACCACUGGAAUCAGUGCUCACGAGUUAACCAGCAUCCAUUGGCCCGAUGUCCGUGAACUACGCACAAAGUAUGUGCCCUUCAAAACACAGAAAUCUACAAACUUCGAAAAGAAGUAUGACUUGAGGUCUUCAUCUUCAUUCAGACAAUGCAAGUCUCUGGAUAUAGGACCAAAUUUUUUCUUCAACAAUAACACAUCCUUGAAUUUCACGGCUUCACAUUCCCCGAUGGAAGAGCCUAGCGAAAUCUUAGAGCAUUAUGAAAGUACAGAGAAGAUGGACUCUAAUGACACCAAAGAAAAAGCCACUUUAAAGGCGAGCUAUUCCACCACUGUUAACAUACAAAUUGGUGGAAGUGGCAGAAUUGCAUCUUUUAGUAACGCCCAGGUGAGUCUAACACACCCCCUGCUGCAAGCUCCAGAGACAUUCUCUUCAAGGAAGAUAAACGUUAAUGGAAGCACCUUAGAGCAUAAAAAUGUGAAUUACAAGAAAAAAUGAUGAGGGUGGGAAGGCUCCAGUAUAAAAAAAAAGAGAUGUCCUCUAGAAGAAAAAUACAUGCCAAACAUAGACACAAUAAUAUACCAGUCUGCACUUUGUUUCUAUGUAGAGCAUUGUUAUGUGCCAAUAUGGCGGACCACAAGACGGUCAGUCAGCAGGACUUAAUAGUAGGAGGUUCACUGAAGUUGCACUUAACAAUGAACUAUGUUUUUCUGUUUUUCGCUGCAAAGAUCCACCUUAAAGUCUUUUUAUUGCCAAACGUACACCAGAGGAAGGUAUACGUUGAUACUUUUUAAUACCCUUUAUCACCCCCCCCCCCCCCACCAAGUUAUGGACGCAAGACAAUAUGUCAUGAGAGUCGGUUUUAUUGCAGUGUAUUCUGUUUCAUAGUACAAAACAUAAGUAUAAGGGAUAACUUUAUGGGAUACAUACUGUAGAUACUACACAUAAAAAUGUGCCAUAUAGAAAAACAUUCAUAAUUGGAAGAAUAUAUUCCUCCUUGAUUGUGAUCCACAUGUCCAUGUAAUUCCUCAGGACCACCAAAAGGGCAAAUUAUCCCAAAGUCGUCUUCAACUGGGUUUUCUGCUGAACCUUUCAUAUUCCCUUGUAGCAGAGCCUCUUUGCAAUCCUAGAGCCUAGACCAUCCAGGGGAACCACUUGUCUUUUGGUGGAUUCAGGGUCUUCUUCUUAAACAAAUACUUACCACAUAGUAGAAGGUCUGUGAACUCAUGGUGCUGGAAUACAUUCCUUGUGAUCCACAUGUCCAUGUAAAUGGUCAUGUCGGAUUAUGAAUCCUCAGGUCCAUCAAAACAAAAACAAAAAAUAAACGGUAAAUUAACCCAAAGUCGUCUUCACCUGGGUCUUCUCCUGAACCUUUAACAUCCUCUUGUAGCAGGGCCUCUCUGCAAUGUUAGAGCCUGGAACAUCCAGAGGAACCUCUUGUCUUGAACAAAUACUUACUAAAUUGUAGAAGGUCUGUGAACUCAUGAUGCCAGUCUUAAAACUAGCACAUAUUAAUGACUGUGUCGAUCACCAGAGUAGUGGCUUCAUUAGGGAACAUCAUUUUCUGAAAUUUCGUCACUCUUAUUAUCCAAAUUGCUUUAAUCUCGACACAAAGAAGAAAUUCUCAGUGGCUUACGUCCCUCCUGUCAAAGGCCAGACCCUUAUAUAUAGCCUGCAUUCCAUAGAAAAGUGAUGGCAUAAUCCUUGGAUCAUCGUUGGGGGUCCAACCACUGGUCUUGAGAAUAAAGGGCUGCAGUGCCAAUUUAGUUCUGCGUUCCCUACUAAAUUUUCCCUGCACAGCAGUACUCACAGCCAACAGGGAGAAGUCAGCUGCCUGUAUUGAGGCUUCCUAACUAUCCUCCGACAGCUGAGGCAUGGGAGACGAGGGUCGGGAAUGUUGAAUUUCAACAAGUCCUAAGGGAGACCGGCGGAGGAUGCGCUGAAGUUAUGUAGAGGCUGGCGCCUGCUUCUAAAACACCAGAGCCUGCCUCUAAGACACCGGUCUUAAUAAAUGACCCCCUUAGUCCUUUCUAAUGUAGAUCAAAACAAAUGUCAGGGGAGCAUCACCCCCACCAUUUGUCAAGUGCAAAUAUGCAGUACUAUGAAAUCUGGGACGGAUGCGACAUCCUCCAGUCUGAGCACUUAUGUCAUUCUCUCAUUUUAGCACUUUACAGAUUGAAGUAACAUCCCAUGCAAAAAAUCAACUACUUACAAAUCACAACCUGACAUGUUCAGCAGGAUCUCUUUCUCCCGUCUUUUUAGACAAUAAAAUGAUCACUUUUAUUGGUAUGUUUACGUAGGGGCAAAUACAAUGUGGAUUUUCCAUCCAAUUUAAAAUAUUACAGUACCAGCAAAGUGGACGAGAUUUUACAAAAAACUAAUUUACAUGCAGAAAAUAAAUCAGCACAGAAGCUGACCUGCAAGGCAGGGAGUGAAAUGCGUGACUGAUCUGCAGCAAGACGAGAAAUCUACAUGUUGAUUUCUCUGCAGGCUCCUUGUCAAUUUUGCCACAGAAUCACAGCAAAAUUCGGUAUGGAUGAUUUUUCUAUUCAAUAUACAUCCCAUGUGGAUUUGGACAGCACACUAUAUGCUGUCCGCAUCCGAAUGUCCCUUCCGUAGCCCUGCAAAAAAGAUAGAACCGAUUUGCGAACAAGGAUAGGUCAUCCGUAUUUUUUGCAGAUCCGCGUCCUUUUGGUCUGCACGUGGAAGCUGCAAUCUGUCCCUACACACAGACGAAGACUCUGCAAACCGAACCACUGAAAUGAAUGUGAGAGAAUAACAAUUAUAAAGACGACGGCAAUCAUAUAUAUCUCAUGUUCUAUCGGUUGUUUGGUUUCGGGGGAAUUCGCUUUAUAGAUGGAUGUACCUUCUAACAAAAACGUGGACAACCCCUUUGAGGUUGUGUUUGUGAGGUGAAGAAAAGUAGGUUGCUAGAGAAUGUAGAGACUGGUAAGAAGUAAUGUAUGUGAGCAAAACCGCCAACCGGCUUCAGAAUGUGAUCACUUAUAGUCAUUCUCCUCCGUCUUGGGAGGCGCUCAUUUUAAGGUGGCCAUAGAGAUGUAGGUGUCUUCUAAGACCUGCUGAAAUAUCUGCCCACUCUUGCACAAUCAGCUCCUUUUCUCGUGACGUGUUGCAUUAUGCGUCAUCAUUCACUUUGCUUCAGUUUUUGCAAGUGAGUUUUUUUUUAUAGUAAAUAUGAAGAAUUACACAGGACCAGCUCAGAUGAAAGGGCAACCAUUAAAUACACGCAGAGCAGGAGACCCCAUACUACGAGGUCCAUUUGGGACAAUCCUUUGACAGUGAGAGCUGCUAUUACAGAUACUCUACCUUCUGACUCAUAGAAGGGGAUCCCAAGUAGGGGGCCCCCUCUAUGACAUCCAUAUUGUCUAAUAGGACAGGGGUAACUCAUGUUAUAGGUGUGUGUCUGAAGUAGUUGGCACCAGAUACUCAACCAGUAUCCAUUAUGCGUUCCAGCAUCAGCGUGGGAACAGGAUAGACAACACGUUUACUUAAAAUCUAGGAUUAAUGCUAGUAUCAGCGGCCAUUAUAGCUAGGUGAUGGGGAACACACCUAUCUCUACAAAGGAGCCCCCACGGUAAAUGAGAGUGCACCAUGCACACUCGGCGUGCCCUCCAUUCACUUCCCAUAAAAAUUAAUACAGAGUGCACCUUGCAAGUGUGGCCACCACUCCAUUCCCUCCUAUUAAACUGCCAGAAAUAACAGAGCACUCCGCUAUUUUCAGAACUCCUAAUGGAACGGUGGCCGCGUAUGUUGCUAGGUCACUUUUAACCUUUUCAUCCCAUAGGAAAUCCCUGAAGCCACGUCGUGGUCGCGUUAAUGCUGCGAUCCUUCACUCUCCUCUGUAAAUCUGUCAUCUUGGCCUCCGUCAUGCAUAUGAGCGUGGAGAAAACCUGAUCAAUUUAUAGAAGUAUUGAAACUAACAACUGAUUUAAAACCAUACAAUCAGACAAGUCACGUUAAAGAAAAAAUAAAGAAACGUGAGCAGUGCAGACAAGAGACGCCUUAGGUACAGGACUGUCACAAUUUCGGAAUAAUACAGAAACAUCCGAAAAUUCUAUUAUGACUUGAUACAAUGCAAUAGUAGAAAUCUCCGUUCAUUAAAGUGGUCUUCUGGGACGUUUAUACUGAAGACCUAUUCUCUGGAUAGGUCAUCAGUAUCUGAUUGGUGGGGGUCUGACACCGGAGACAAAAAGCUGAUUGAGAGGGCACCGGCACUCACAGUGGUACCGCAGCCAUCUCUAGGCUAGUGACGUCACGUUUAUCGGUCACGUGGCCUAGGCGCAGCUCAUUGAAGUGAAUGGGGCUGAGCUGUACUUGGAUAGGUAAUCAGUAGGGAUGUGCGAAUCAACUUCGGAUGAAACAUUUGUUCUAAUACUAUAUGGAGCAGGAGCGCCGUACAGUAUUAGAAUGUAUUGGCUCCGAUGAGCUGAAGUUAUUGCUUCGCGUAAUAACUUCAUAAGUUAAUUUGAACUGUAAAAAAAAACUUUUCCCGAACUCGGGUUCGCGGUCCACCAUUCUUGUAAUCGAUAAAGUUCCCAGUAGCCGGACCCCACUCACCUAGCAACUAUCACCUAUCCAGUGAUUGCUUCUGACUGGAGUACCCCUCUAAUACUUACUGAACUGUUCCUUAUAAUAUAGUUAUCUCAGGAACCCUGUGCGAAGCUGCUCAUCCACACCAGUAUGGGCACUAUAUCACAGCUGGGAAAAUGUGCUGUACAUACUGGUACCUGCAGGAUCACUGGACCAACUCUGACUACACAUAUAUAUUUUUGUAUCAGUCUGUUAUGGAGUGUCCCUUUAAAUAACACAAGACCAAAUGAAUCAGUCUUAGAUUAACCGAACCAAAUUUGGAUUGUAAUGUAGGGACCGAAUGAUACUUGCUUUCAUGACAAGUGCUUGCCCUAUGGACUACAGUAGGAUAGGGCUAUAUUGGGGGGACACAAUGGCAUUGUACAGUAGAAUAUUUGGGGACCAAUACUGCUCCAGUUCCAAAUGGUACGUAGCAAUAGUUUGCUGUGACUUCACAUAUUCUUGACAUCCAUUGCGAUAUUGGACUCUACUGUUGGGGUGUAAUAAAGACUGAGCCCCAUGCUAGGUAUACUGGGGUGGUGUAAUAUAAAGUCACCUGUGUAAAUACAUACGAGCAGUUAUUAAUCCUCAUUACCUGCGGCUCAUUUUAUAUAAGUGUACAUUACAUCUGUGUAAUCAUUUUGUACUGUCAAUAAAAGAGGCCCCGGCCAUUACUACAA